AUGCACGACCAAUGGGAAUCAUCGGUUAAACGCACCCCGCUGCUUUUUGAAUCCGAGGCCAAUCAAACCCAUGCCGCGCUAAAUGCUCUAUCCCCUGAUGAUUUGGGUAAACUCAUGCAUUUAUCGGAAUCGUUGUCUCAAUUAAACUGGGAACGCCACCAGCAAUGGAACAAACGGCAUCAAAACCAUCAAACAAUGCCUGCUAUACUGGCCUAUAAAGGAGAAGUUUAUAGAGCCAUCGACGCCCCAAGUUUAACACCCAAGGAAUUAAAUGCGUUUCAAAAAUCGACCUUCAUUCUAUCGGGGGCAUAUGGGUUGGUACGCCCAUUGGAUGGCAUAGCUCCAUACCGAUUAGAAAUGUCCACCAAGUUGUCG